GGAUCCCUUCCAAGCGAUGAUGCCGGAAGCUGCGCUGCGGGAAAACCGAGAUAAGAUCGGUCGCAACCUGAAGGAGUGGCUGCGGGAGCAGUUCUGCGACCACCCGCUGGAGCACUGCGAGGACACCCGGCUGCACGACGCGGCCUUCGUGGGGGACCUGCCCACGCUGCGCAGCCUGCUGCAGGACGAGAGCUUCCAGAGGUACGGCGCCGACGUGGACGUGAACCACCAGCCGGCGUCGCGCGGGCCGGGGCAGGCGCUGCGGCCGCUGACCACGCUGGUGGUGUGUCCCCUGUACAUCAGCGCUGCCUACCACAACCUGCCCUGCUUCCGCCUGCUGCUCCAGGCGGGAGCCGACCCCGAUUUCAACUGCUGCGGGCCCAUCAACGUGCAGGGCUUCUCGCGGGGCUCGCCCGUGUGCGUGCUGGACGCCGUGCUGCGGCACGGCUGCGAGCCCGCCUUCGUGCGCCUGCUCGUCGACUUCGGCGCCGAUCUCAACCUCGUCAAGGUGGAGGCCCUGGGGCUCGAGGCCACGGGCAGGGUCAAGGUGAACGCCGAGGCGCUGGAGGUGUUCAAAGAGGCGAGGGGCCGCGCCCGGAGCCUCUUGUCCCUGUGCCGCAUAGCAGUGCGGAGAAUCCUUGGCAAAUCCCGCCUGGAUCUGAUCCACAGCCUUCCCAUCCCAGACCCCAUUAAACAAUUUUUACUCCAUGAAAACAGUUAAGGGGCAGCUGGCUGCUUUUGGGGACAGUGUGACUUGGUAAAUGAGUGCCCUGACAGAGCCAGGUGCCAUUCCUGCCUCUUUUUCCUUCGUGGAGUGCACAUAAUUCCCUGCUCCUGUGGAUUGUUUUUUCUCCUCCAGAUUUAGGGUGCAGUGAUUCAGUGUCUUAUCUCCUUGGGGAGAGGCUGCUAAACGUGUGUGGGUGUUGCUGGAGCAAAUACAAUAUAUCCUGUAGCUGUUGGCAAAUGUGUAACCUCUGUUACUGAUCUGUGUCACACACACACACACACACACACACACACACACACACACACACACACGCCUGGGGUCUCUGUGGCAUUUCUGUGUGGGGAAAGUGUCCUUACUUUACUCUUUUUCCCAUCAAACCACAAGUUCCUACCUACAUUUUAAUCCAUAUCCCAUGGUAAGAGCAGAGAAAACCCAACCAGAUCCACGUAAUGGGUCUGGUUUUUUUUGCAUCGUGGAAAAGGGAGAAAAAAGGGGUUUUUUUGAGGAGGUGGGAGGUUUUGUGCUUCUAAUCACAGUGUUGCAUCCAGCAGCCUGGGCUCCUUUGACUUCCAGUGCCUCUUCAUGCCACAAACUCCCAGAAGAGUCAAUUCUGCAGGGAUUCAGCAGCCUUUUGUUGGGAUCUCAGGGUCAGCCAGUGAUGUGCUCAGUGCAGAGGAAUCCUUGUCAAAACAGCAACUCUAGAAGGAUAGAGAUGAUGAUGCCUUAGGAUCUUGGGAAAAAUCUCAGGUGAUAAUUGGUACUUGCUUUAACUUUUCUGAUUCAAGUAAAGUCACUGUGUUAUAAGUUAAUAUUUUUUUUGGAUGAUUUUUCUUUGCUAGCUCUUCUCCCCACGCUCAUCCAGCUGGCAAAGGUAAUUUUCCACAUGUGACCUUAAAGAUCAGAGAAUCCCAGCUUGGUUUGGGUUGGAAGGGACCUUAAAGCUCACCUAGGUCAUGGGCAGGGACACCUUCCACUAUCCUGGGUUGCUCCAAGCCCUGUGCCUGGACCCUGUAGGCCUCAAUGUUGGUUCCAAAAUGUUCUUUUCCCAGAGGCAUAAAUAAAUGGAAAAUCCAACCAAA